UUGCGUACUGAGCAUGACGGUUGGGUAAACUCCGAUCGAUGCUACCGUUUUCUUCGUAGUUGUAGUCGUGUUCUAGUCUUGGUCGUGCGUGCAAGCGUGAGUGUACUGUAUCGGCAUCGGCUGCCCUAAAAAAAGAAAAACUGUGUUAUAUUCCUGAACUUAUCGUUUAUUAGAGUUAGAUCAAAAUGUCUGCACCCGAUAAAGAUGAACUUGUCCAAAGGGCCAAAUUGGCCGAACAGGCUGAGAGGUACGAUGACAUGGCCUCGGCCAUGAAAUCCGUCACAGAAACCGGCGUCGAGUUGAGUAACGAGGAGAGGAACUUGCUCUCUGUGGCAUAUAAAAAUGUCGUGGGAGCCAGAAGAUCCUCGUGGAGGGUUAUUUCUUCAAUUGAACAAAAGACUGAGGGAUCCGAAAGGAAACAACAAAUGGCCAAGGAAUACAGAGAGAAAGUAGAGAAGGAACUUCGGGAAAUUUGUGAUGAUGUUCUUGGUCUACUUGAUAAGUACCUAAUUCCUAAGGCAUCUAAUGCCGAAUCAAAAGUAUUUUACCUGAAAAUGAAAGGGGAUUACUACAGAUACUUAGCAGAAGUAGCCACAGGAGACACCAGGAAUAAGGUGGUUGAAGACUCACAAAAAGCCUAUCAGGAGGCGUUUGACAUAGCCAAGUCGAAAAUGCAGUCCACUCACCCAAUCCGGCUCGGUCUGGCCCUUAAUUUCUCAGUGUUUUACUAUGAAAUAAUCAAUUCACCAGCACGAGCCUGCCACCUGGCAAAACAGGCUUUUGAUGAUGCCAUUGCAGAGUUGGACACCCUUAAUGAGGACUCAUAUAAAGACAGCACACUUAUUAUGCAGCUCCUCCGAGACAACCUGACAUUAUGGACCAGUGAUACACAGGGGGAACCUGAUGAACCACAAGAAACUGGAGACAAUUGAAGAGGGGACUUUCCUGUUUUCACUUUAUUCGUUAAAAAUGAAUUUUCAUGUAAGUUAAUGUCUCCAUGGAACUUUAUUGUGAAGUUUCCUUGACAGUUUAUAAGUUUCAUCCAGAUGAAACCUUUGAUAUUUAACAAUGUUUUUUAGGAGAUAUGUAAAUCGUUAAAUUAUAUUUCACAUUGUCACACAACGGGCAUAACUUCCAUAAAACAUUCAAAAAAAAAAAGCCAUAUUCUUUUUGCUGACAGUUGUGUGAUUUUUUUGUCAAUUUUCAUCCUCUGUUUAUUAUACUUGUUUUUAUAUUUAAUUAUUUUAUAUAUCAUAUUUCCCUCCUGGAACAAAGUGUGUGUAAUUUGAUUAUUUCUUUCAACAAAUCAGUUUUAAGUUCUAAUUUGUUAACUAUUAAAAUUAUUAUUUAAACUGUUGUUUUAGUUUUGUUCUGUUUUUGUAUUUUUAUUUCCAUUAUGUAAGUCCAAGUCAUACCCGUUACCCUCCCUAAUUCUUCUGUUUUACUGCCUUUUCUUGACCCUCCCAUUUUGCACGCGCAGCCCCUCCAACCCUCUCCAAUCUGGUCACUAUUGGAUAUGCUAUAUAUUAAAUGUAUGAAUAUGUAUUAACUAAAUGCUACCAGCUCUUAUCUGUUUCUGUUGUAUCUGUCAAGUAUAUUUGUCAGAUAAAAAAAAGAAUAAAUUUUUGAAAAUCAUUGGCUUGUUUGUUUUCUGGGGAUCGUUUUUAAGGGGCCUGCGACCCCCUCCUAAUCCGUCUUAAUCGCCGCACUAAGUGUUAAUUAUUGUUCUACUCUAGAUGUCUUAGUACAGACAGAAACUCUUUUUUCGCUAAAACGUGCUCCUUUAAUUUCUAGGUGUAAGUUUUUUCGUAAAACUAUGCCAGGAAUAUCGUUUGCAACAUGUAUUAUUGAUGUAUAUGUAUUUAAAAAGAUAAGUGUUAAAUUGGUAUUCUCUAUAUAAUGCGCAUUUAUUGAUUUUCAAAAUGUUACUGAGCUUUAUUCCAAUUAUGACUCGUUUUGGCAACUUUAGACAGUAUACCUUUAAGUUAAAAUGAUGUAGAAAAUAUUGUUAUUUUUUUUAUAACAUUAUGUAUUAAAGAAAAUUUUCUUUUA